AUGAGUUUCGUGUGUGAGUGUUUGCAUGAUUCCCUUCUAAAAACCGGAAUAUUAAUAGAACCGUAAAUCGAGUGACGAACCAAAAUCCGGAAAAUCCGAAAAUCAAAGGACUUAUUUGAUUAAACAAAUUUUCACACCGGAAUCAGCCUCGAAUGACGUAACUUGAACUUGGAGACGAGCACGUGCCGCCGGUGACCGGCGCUGAGUGUGCCUUAUCUAAAUAAAAAUAGUGAUGUGGGGUGGCGUGGCCGGGCUGCUCUGGGCUGGACUAGGAGGAUCGAAGUUUGAAUAAAGAGAAAAUCAGAAAAAAGUUGGAUUCUCUGAAGUCUACAAUUAAUGUGGUUGGCCGAGGGCUUCAAUAAUUGAUAAAGAUUAGAGCACCCGGGUGAGGGUGGUUACAAAGGAAGGUGAGAUCUCGUUUCAUUUUUGUGUUAAUGAAAGGACCAUGUCAAGUCCAUUAGUAAUUAUUGACCUGAUAACAGCAAUUAUUACCCUCACCUCCUGCACCUUCUUCUUUCAUUGGAGUUCAAUUACUGAAUUACAAGUUUAAGAAAUUUGGUAAUCAAGGCUGCUGACAUGCAAAGUAGGCUUAGUUAUAGGAUAAAUCCCCCUGAAUCUAUCUAUCUAUGACAAUAUAAAACCUAAUUAUCAACUUUAGUUGCUGGUUUGGACAAGUGACACCUAUAAGAACAGAUUUACUCCCGGAAUUGGAAUUAUUUAACCCAAUUUCACAGGUUAUGCUGCUACUUUUUCCUCAAAUGGAAAGCAUGAGAGUUGAUAGCAGCUGAGGUAUGGCUGUUUUUGUUAUUUAUAAACAAAAAUGCAGAAAAAGAUGCCUUCUUGUUGUUGAUGGAAAUUGGAAACUGAGUAUAUAUUUGUCUGAAUGUUGAAAACAUAUGUAUUUGCAAAUGUGGCCUAAAAAUGGGCAUUGGGAAUAUGUAGUAAUGGCCCAUAAUGAAGAAGUUGAAUUAGCCCAAGCAGCAGAUGUCUACGGCAUUACCACUAGCCUACUCUCCAAUGAAUUUGUUCCGAAUUCCCGCCCCACACUAAGGCCCUCACGUUAUCCGUUUGGACCAUUUAGAUCACUACAACUGGUAGUUGUACUUCUAGAUAGAUUUCCCCUUCUCGGCUUGCAAGUCAUUUGCAUGGCUAUGGCUGCCUCUGGCUGAUGGAUAGGCGUAGGCUCACCACCACCACUCUCACCACCAAAGAAUGCCUCAAGUCCACGCUAUUUUGCCUUUACCUUGUAAACAAUUGCUACGUUCUAAUAUUUUCUCAUCUUCUUCUUCUGCCCCGACUCAACGUCGUUUUCGAAGGACGUUCUCUCCCACUAUACCUCCCAAUCUCAAACGUCUCACCGGUCGCAUCGUCCAGCUCACUCGCCGUAGGCAACUUCAUCAGAUAUUUGAGGAAAUCGAGAAUGCGAAGAGAGAAUAUGGGAAGCUGAACAAGAUCGUGAUGAACGCAGUGGUGGAGGCUUGCGUUCAUUGUGGAGAUUUUGAUUUGGCUCUCAAAAUUUUUCACCAAAUGGCUCAACCCCACAGUUGUGGUGUUGAUACUGUUACCUAUGCUACACUCUUGAAGGGGUUGGGUCGGGCUCGAAGAAUUGAUGAAGCCUUCCAAUUACUUGAGUCGGUUGAACAAGGCACUGCUGCAGGGAAGCCAAAGUUGUCAGCACAACUUAUCUACGGUCUGUUGAAUGCAUUAAUUGAAGCAGGAGAUCUACGCCGUGCUAAUGAUCUUUUUGCACGCUAUGGUUUCCUUCUUUGUGAAGGAGGGAGUCCGUCAAUAUUGACUUAUAAUUUGCUAAUGAAGGGAUACACAAGCACAGGGCGUCCUCAGGCUGCAAUAAACCUGCAUGAAGAAAUACUACGUCUUGGACUAGAGCCUGAUAGACUGACAUACAAUACUCUCAUCUUUGCAUGUGUCAAGACAGAAAAUUUAGAUGCUGCAAUUUGUUUUUUUAAGGAAAUGAAGGAUAAAGCACAGCACUUAUGCCAUCUUGAUCUUUACCCGGAUGUUGUUACUUACACUACACUAUUAAAGGGUUUUGGGCAUGCUAAGGAUCUCCAUUCAGUUCAGAAGAUUGUGUUGGAGAUGAAAUCUCGUCAUGAUUUGUUCAUUGAUCGUACUGCAUUUACUGCAAUGGUUGAUGCUUUGCUAAAUUGUGGUUCAAACAAGGGUGCUUUUUGCAUAUUUGGAGAAAUAUUAAAGCGGGCUGGUGCAAAUGCGGACUUGAGGCCAAAGCCUCACCUUUAUCUCUCCAUGAUGCGUGCUUUUGCUGACCAAGGGGAUUACAAUAUGGUUAAACAUCUGCGUGAGCGGUUGUGGCCAGAUUCUUCUGGAACCAUCUCUCUGGCUGUUCAACAAGAAGCUGAUCAUCUUCUUAUGGAGUCUGCUUUAAAUGAUGGGCAGAUUGAUGCAGCUUUGGAAAAUCUUACAAAAAUCAUUAACAGAUGGAAGAGUAUACCUUGGACAAGUCGUGGUGGCAUGGUUGCUUUGCGUAUAGAGGUUCUUCUGGGAUUUACCAAAUCUUUGUUCUGUCCUUACUUACUUCCUCAGGUGUUGCCAGGUGAUCUGAUUGAGAGCAUCAUGAUGCCAUUUGAAACAGUUAGGCCACUACCCGGCACUCUGGAGUUGAAGAAAGUAGUAAUGCGCUUAUAUAGAGAGCCAGUUGUGCCAAUUAUAGAUGACUGGGGCAGCUGCAUUGGGCUGUUACACCGCGAGGAUUGUUAUGAGAUCAAUGCCCCACUUUCGACAAUGAUGAGAAGUCCACCUCCUUGUGUUACAACGACAACAACUAUUGGUCAUGUAAUUGAUCUAGUUUUGGAAAAGAAGUACAAAAUGGUUAUUGUUGUAAAAAAUAGCAACUUGAAUGGUAUCACGCAUGGGUCUAGGGCAGUCGGUGUUUUUACAGCUGAACAAUUGGUUAACCUUGUGGCACCUGUGUCAGAAGUGCUGAAACAAAAGCACACUGUUCAUAGAAGUUUAACGAUGUUCUGAUGCAUUUCUCAUCUUUUACUUACUUUUUUUCAUGUAAAUAAAAUUUUGGGCAAAUAUGAGUAGCUGAGAUCAUCUUAAUGCAUGUAAAUUGAACAGGAAUUUGUUAACUGCGUAAGUGGACUCUCCCAUCACUCCUUCAUGUCAAGGAAUUUUGUGCUUUUUUAUCUAUUUUGUACUAUUAGGGUGUUUUAAUGGA